AAUGGGUGAAACUCGAAUGAACAAAGCAAUCCCCUAAGCUUCCUAUUGAUAACGCUUCUAUGCAUGGUUUAUUAAUUAUUUUAGUUGUGUAUAACAAAGGUAAGAGACCAGGUUCUAUUGCAUUUUGUUAUGUGCUGCAGUGACACGGAAAAUAAGACACAUGGCUAACUGACGGUUCCAAAAACACUAAACCUCAGUAUUUGACUUCCGUUUCUAAAGGAAUGACACAAUUUUCCAUUUUAAAUGUUAUAUAUAAAUUAAACGUGUUUUAACGUAGACGUUUAAUAGUCUCGACGAAAGAAUGAGGCAGGUGUAUAUACUAGGUGGCGUCCUGGCUUUUAGAAGUUGUAUUCAGCUAUGAAUUUGAUCAUUGUAGUUGAGUCGCGUGCGAAGAGCGGACGACUUCGAAAAACGAUACUGAUUACGGAUUACUUUCGUUUGAUAAGAAGCUUGGAUCUACAAAGCUAUAUUCAUUGACAGACAUCGGAUGCAAUAGAUGACAUGGCGCACGAUUCAUUGCAUUAUAUUUUGUAACGCCAUAGCAACGAAACGUGACAGGUGCAAGAACAGAUUCUGUAAAGCAUCUCGUCCAGUCAUGAGGAAAAUCAGAAUCGACUCUAACUAAACCAAAGUGUACAUGGCCGACCUUAAUUCAUAGAAAAACGGCACAGAUUAUACUUACUAGGUAGUCAUGGCAGAAAGGAAUACAAGUAUCAGGCCUACAACACAAAUGAUUGGUUUAACAUUGAUGGAAACCAGUAUGGUAACAGGCGAUUACGAGACAACUAUACCCACAGAUACAGCUGUCUUGACUCGUUCGGUCGGCUUGGGAAUUCUUUUUACAAUCAUCAUUAUUCUGAUUAUUUUUGGAAACUUAUUGGUUUGUCUUUCCCCUUGGGUUAACAUUAUGCUCCGGACUGCAACUUAUACUCUUCUUGUAUCGCUGGCCAUGGUCGAUUUACUUCUUGGACUCACGGUUCUACCGUUUAGUGCAAUCUUUACCAUAGCCCAAACGUGGAAAUUCGGACCUGUAUUUUGCAAUAUAUAUGUGUCGUGUGACGUUCUUUUCUGUACCGCGUCUAUAUUACAUUUACUUGUCAUUAGUUUAGACAGAUAUGUAGCCAUCGUUAAACCGUUCACUUACAAAAACAUUAUGUCGAGAUCGAAAGCUUUCCUUGGUAUUGGUGUUGUAUGGAGUAUUUCAUUUCUCAUCUCGUUUCUUCCUAUACACCUUGGCUGGAAUACAGAAUCAGGACAUGUACAAAGCUACAGCAAUCCGUCGGCCUGCCAACUAGAAACGAAUACGCUAUUUGCGUUAGUGGAUGGAAUAUUGUUAUUUUUUGUACCAUUAAUACUAAUGUGUUGUUUAUACUGUAAAAUAGUUCUUGUGGCCAGGAAUCAGGCUAAAGCUAUAUCGAGAUUAUCAGCUCAAUUUAACAACAACAGAAAACAUCAUAUAAAAGUUGUAGACGAGCACAAAGCACUCAAAGUAAUGGCAAUUGUAAUGGGUUGUUUUGUCGUCUGCUGGGUCCCAUACUUUACACUUUUUACUUUUGGUCCUGUAUUUAAUUGGAACCUAGAUGAUUCUGCUUAUUUCGUUGUGCUAUGGAUGGGAUAUGUUAACUCAAUGAUUAAUCCACUUGUUUAUGCCGCAAUUAAUAGUGAAUUUAGGAAAGCAUUUUCCAUUUUGAUAUACAUGGCGAAGAAUAGGACGAGUGAUAGACGACUUUCAAAUGGAUCCAUGGUUACUCUAAGAGUUAAUGCAGACCGGAAUGACUAUGAAAGAGUAGAACGUAAUGCUCCUUCCGUUUGUUGGGACCCAACUGUUGAUGACAUUAAUAUUCCACUCGGGAGAAAUAUUAAUGGAUUAGUGUAUCCAAUUGUUGCGGUUCAGACGUCAAACGAACGAAAUACGGGAGACUCGGCACGGAGCAGUAGGUGACUUCCAGUGCCAACGUGUCAUGGCAGAGUCUUCAUGUGGAUGAAAACAUCCACUUCAUAAUUUUAAUUCGCAGCCAAUAUAAAUUAUUUGCGAAAACUGCUUAAAAUUGGUCUUUGUUUACAUCACGAAACCUUCCAUAUAGAUAUACCGGUACAGUCUUUAAGGGGGAAACCCUCGUUUCUGGAUAGAAAAACUGAACGAUUGAAGAAAUAUUUAUUGGGCACUUUAAUGUACUGUGACAUGAUGCUAUUUUACAUACAAAUGAAAUAAUGCUGAAUAUCUUGCCACGGAGUUUAUUUGCUAAUGUGGUGGAUCAUUUAACAGUAGUUUGCCUAUGAUGUUGUAGGUGUUUGGUAAGAUACGACCUUAUUAAUAUUUUAAUGAAAUUGGAAUAACGACAAGACAUAUGUGAAACAAGGACUGUUAUAUAGAUAAGACGUGCAAAUCAGUCACCAAACACAGGCAUGAGUAUACAUAAUUUAUUAGAUUGACAAGAUAAAUAUUACAAUAUUAAAUUUAUUAAAUGUGCUAAUAUAUUUUUAAUGAUUUCUAAAUUUUUGUUUGACAUUUCAAUAAAUGAAUAUUUUCUCUA